AUGGAUGAAUGGCGCAUACAACAGCAAACACAUAGAAUGAUAUCAGGUGGCGUAGGUCCUGUUCUCAACUAUCAUUCUAUACGUUCAAGAUCAUCUCCGUAUCCUACUACACAUCAAAUGAGUGAUUUAAAACAAUCAUAUCCAUAUCCACCGAAUCCACCUACAACAUCUUCAAAUCCUUUAUCACCUGUGCCAACAUCGGCAACUACACCAAAUUCAACUUCAAGUACAACACCGAUAUCGACUCAGAACGAUUCAAAUGAUACGACACCUGCAUCAUCAGACGAAAUUUCGACAACGACUUCAAAUUCUGAUGUUUAUACACCUAACAAUACCACUAUGCCUUAUACACCUGCUCAGAUGGAUCAAAUCCAACAACAGCAACAACAUCAACGAAUGAUGAAUGCCAAAUCAUCAAUCGGUCCGAUGGUAAGCUACAAUGCUGGUCAACAGCAAAUGAUGGCAGCACGAUCUCGUUCAAUGCCAUAUCCAAUGCCACCGCCAUCUCAAUCACAUCAUCCUCACCAUGCACCGAUGUAUCCACAUCCGCCAGGUCCCGUCUGUCAAUGUGGACCGCAUAUGCAUCCAGCAAACGGCCACUAUCCGAUGCAUCCAUCGCAACAUCCCAUGUAUUAUCAUCAACAGCAACAGCAACAACAACAACAACAGCAUCAGCACCAACAAGAAGCAUGGUUUCGGUAUCAACAGCAAGCUGUUUGGAGACAACAUCAUAUGCAACAGCAGCAACACUUGCAAUCUCAUUCGCAACCAAUUCCUAUUCAGCAAAGUUAUGAUGCAAUUUUAGCUGAGACAACAUCUACGACAAAAUUAAAAGCAUCAAGAGCGAGAUCGAAAAAGAAAUCAACUAGUAUACCUACAUUUAACGAAGAGCCAUUAAUGAAAUAUCAACCAAUACCACCUCCGCCGGUAAACAUAUCAUUACAGCAGCAACAACAACACCACCACCACCACUAUCAACAACGUGCAUGCAUGCCACCACAAUCUGCUACAUACUAUCCAUCAGUUCACUCAGCGCCUAAUACUUAUGUACCAGCUCAACAAUUACCACCCCCACCUCCAUCGCAACAAUCAUCUUCAUCUAUUCCACAAGAACGUCCAUUGUACGCUCAAACAUCUCCAUCAACACUUUCUCAUCAUCAAUCUCAAAUCUUCACCAGUCCGCUGAGUAAUCCAAGUACACCGCAUCAACUACACAACAACGGUGAAUUCAAUGGUACUAGUGAGUUCGGUGUACCAUACCAUCAUGGUGCUCCAGGCUCAGUAAAUUCAUUAACGGAUGCGCUUUGUCCUGUUGGUGAUACGACAGAUCGACAAAUGACACCUGGUCCACCGAGUGUUGGUACACCUCGUGUUGCUGCACAUCAAUACUCAUUUCCACAUACACCAUUGACUCCUCAAACAAUCAAUAAUCAAAAUAUGAAUCCUCACACACCAGUCAUGAUGCCACCAACGCCAAAUCCUCUUUCGGCUCCGCCUACACCUCUGACACGUCCACGAUCAUCAAGUGAGCAAACACAAUCAACAACAAAUCAGUAUCAACAAUAUGAACAAAACAAACCAAUGACAAAUGUUGAUGAUCUAGCUGCAUACCUGAAGGAUCCAACAAAUGUAUAUUUAACUGAUGAUGUAUCAUCGACAUUUUUCGAUGAUAUCGAUGCUUUGGCUGAUACUUAUCUUGGGCAACAAUCUAAUGCAACUCAACCAACAAACAUUGAUCAGAAUUCAGUCGAUGACAUUCUUUUAAAUUUCCUUUGUUCGGAUGAUCUUACCAGCUGA